AUGAGCUUCCAGACCGAGCCCACACACCAGCAGCUGGCUGUGCAAGGGCUGCUGGAAGAUGAAGAUUUGGCCAUCUCUUCUCUGGAGGACCUUCCCACAAGGUUCUUCCCACCACUCUUCCAGGAGGCCUUCAUUAAGAGACAAACAAAGGUUGUGAAGGCCAUGGUAGCAUCUUGGCCAUUCUGCUGCCUCCCUCUUGGGGCCCCGAUAGAUUACAUCCAAGUGGAUAACUUCCAGGCUGUGCUGGAUGGAACAGAUUGGCUGAACAAUCAGAAUGUUUGGCCUAAAAGGUAUAGACUGCAAGUGCUCAAUUUACAGAAUAGCUACCGUGACUUCUGGGAAGGAUGUGCUGGAGCACAGUCUGCUUCGUGGACCAAACCAGUAGAUGCCACAACAGAGGGAAAGAAGCAGCAAUUGAGGGUGCUAGCUGAAUACACCCUCAUGUUCAUCCCUCUGAAGGACUACAGUCGUUACGUCAUGCUGUGGCUCAAGCAGAGAAAAGAGACCACGCAUAGCCAUUUUUCAGGCUAG